GAUACGUCAGUGGGGUCGCUGGAGCGCCAGGCACAAAAACACGGAGCCCUUUGCGUUCGUUUCUUCUCCAUCUAUUCUACAUUUGACUCAUUCAAACAAAUGGCCUCCAGAAUCGCUCAAGCUGCUAGGGGCAUUCGCUUUGCUUCCUCUGCCUCUGUCUCCACUAAUGCCUGGUUGGCGGAGCGCGCUGCUAUCAAGGAGCACGCUGGUCCUGCUGCUGAGACAUGGCGCAAGAUUUCCAUCUACGUCUGCAUCCCUGCUAUCCUUGUCACCUCUGCCAAUGCCUACAAUCUCUGGGCUAAGCACCAGGCCCACUUGGAGCACGAGCGCCAUGAAGGUCACGAGGCUGUCAAAUACCCCUACAUGCGUAUCCGUGCCAAGGCUUUCCCUUGGGGUGAUGACAGUUUGUUUUUCAAUCCUGCUGUUAACAUGUAAAAAGCUAUGCUAUAAGCAAAGCCAUUAGCUGCAUUAAAAUAGACAUAUUCUAAUAUAUCUUAUAGAUGCAUAGAAAAGAAUAAAUUUAACAUAUUAUAAC